AUGGCAGCUGAAGUUUCUAACUGGCUUCAAUCAAGCCCCGAGUCAUUAUCUAAACCUACUGAAAGCGACUACAUCGAACCCCAUGCUCUUGUUGACUCUCUUGAAACAGCCCCUGAUAGUAUUGCCAUUAUCGAUCUGCGCAAAAAUGAUUUUGUUGAUGGGAAAAUAAAAGGUGCAUUUAACAUUCCUGCUCAAAGUAUUAACAAUAGUGUUGACGAUCUAUAUGACUUGUUUGAAAAGGCAGAUAAAGAGGUUCUAGUUAUUCACUGUGCUAGUUCACGAAAUAGAGCUACACGUGUGUGGGGAUGGUUCGAAGAUUAUAAAAGGUCUAAGGGUUCAGGUCCACAAGUUGUAAUCCUUAAAGGUGGUUUUAAUGCUUUUAAAGACUUGGAAAAUUCAAACGAAUGGAUUAGCUCUUAA